AUGGCACAAAAAGAACCCCCACCGUUUAUUUGCUUGAUAUCAGAAAGCGAAAGUGGGACUGAUAAAUCAAAAAGCCAAAGCUCAUCAUUAAGAUCUAAACAAAAGAAAAGUGCCGCAUCAACUCCUAAGAAAAACAAAAAAUCAGAAUCAAAACCCAAGAAAAACAAAAGUUCUAAAUCAGUCUCUAACUCCCCUCAGCAAAAAUAAUUUAUUCACUCAUAAGGGGAUUUAAUUUUUUUCAAAUUAAAAAUCUAUUUACAAAAAGUAGUAAUAAAAAUAAUUGAAUUUUUAAAUUUCAAGCUGUUAAAAUUUAACAGAACUCGUUUGAGGGUUUCAUAAUAAUUUCCCUUAUAUGUUUAAAUAUUUUUUUUAAAUUUUAAAUUAGAAAUUUUUUCCCCCUUAACGCAGUUGUUUAUUUCCCAAAGAAUAGGAAUUUUUUUAAUAUUUUCUCUAAGAUGGAGUAAGGAAAGCAAAUAUUGAGACGAAUUGAAAUCUCUGGAGGAAAAUAAUGAAUCCAACGAGGAGGAAGAAGAUCAGUCUGAUGUAUCUAGCUAUGUGUCUGAAGAGUUUGAUUUUAGCGAAUUAGAAUAUUUAUCAGAUAGAGAAGAAGAAAAUCCUCCUAAGAAGAGGAAAAAAAAUAAAAAUAAAGAAAGAGUCUCUUCUUCCAGCCCUUCACCUGAAAGAGAUGAAGGCUAUUUGCUAAGAAAAAAAUAUAGAGAUGUAGGGCAAUUUCAAUGUAAAGUGUGCGAUCAAAUUGUACCGAGUCUUAGAGCGUAUAAGAGUCAUAAAAGCAUACGAAAAAGUAAAUGCCAUAAAUGCAAAGAAAUUUUUUUGUGCAACCAACAAAUGAACUGGCACACAGUGGACUGCAAGAAAAAUCCGAACAGAAAAUGGCAAAAUUGUGGUAAGAGACAGUAUCCACGAUAUUUGAAAGGAAUAGAAGCAGUUAUAAGGAGAGCUGAAAAAUAUCCUCCUGUAGAAACAGCACUCACUGAUUAUGAGCCAUAUCAGAUUGGAUUUAGAAAAUCGUAUCGAUUUUUGGAUAACUAA